AUGCCGUUCACUGCAACCGAUAUCUGUAAGAUUAUUGCAGCAAUAUUUCUUCCACCACUUGGAGUUUUUCUCGAACGCGGUUGCAAUGUCGAUUUUUGCAUUAACAUUUUGCUGACUAUUCUCGGUUAUAUUCCUGGCACAAUUUCAUUUUACUUUGAACUUGACCUUUUGAAUUAA